AUGUCGCGGCCGCCUGCUGCUCGCUCUUCGGUCGCAUCUGGCCUUGCGCCGCCACCACCUCCAGGCUAUCCAGCCAGUGCGCAUGGCUCGGCUGUCUUUGCUCCUCCUCCUCACUCUGUUGCGCCCACAAACCUGAGUCGCCCACAAUCACGUCUCGAGCCACCUCCUCUGGCUUCAACAAUGGGCCCCAUGCCUGGCACGCUUGAACGACCGAUCCACGGCCCUAAGAAGCGCCUGAUCGUGACCUGCGACGGAACUUGGCUCGACGCCGACAACGGCCUUGUAAACGGGCAUAAGCAGCCCCCAUCGAACGUCUCGCGCAUAGGUUGGGCAAUCAAGGACACAUCGCGCGACGGAAUCCCUCAGAUCGUGAAUUAUCAGGCUGGAGUCGGAACCAUGGGAGGCCCCGCGGCGCGUGCCGUUGGGGGUGCCACGGGGUUGGGAUUGAAGGAAAACAUGCGCAUGUCGUAUACAUACCUGGCUGUCAACUGGCGUCCUGGCGAUGAGAUAUUCCUCAUGGGGUUUUCUCGUGGCGCAUUCACGGCGCGAUCCGUGGGCGGCAUGGUCGGCGCAUUGGGGCUCCUCACGCGGAACGGACUGCCUUACUUUAACGAGAUUUUUGAAGACUGGGAACACCGCGCCGACGACCGUUACGUCUCGCAGUUUCAGGACAUUCCGUUUCCCAACAAAGGGAGGUUUGAUGAUCGUUAUGUGCAGGAAUUGGCUAGGCGCGGAUUGACGACGUUGAACGUCCCGAUCAAGGCGAUUUGCUGCUGGGACACAGUCGGUGCUCUCGGUAUCCCUCGGGUGCCUUGGCUUGAGAGUUUGAGACUGCAGCCGCGGGGCAUGCACGCCUACGAAUUCUACGACACGACGUUGCACCCGUGCGUCGAGAAUGCAUUCCAGGCUUUGGCGCUGGAUGAACGGAGAGCCCCGUUCACUCCGGCACUGUGGGAGAAGCGGGACAACCACAGAACGAAUCUCGUCCAAUGCUGGUUCCCGGGAGCGCACAGCAACAUCGGUGGCGGGUACGACGACCAGCAGAUCGCGGACAUCACCUUGGCAUGGAUGAUCUCGAAACUCGAGCCGUUCCUCGACUUUCGGCCGAACUGCCUGAUGGGACUGUGGGAGGAAAAUCGCGCCUAUUACAAGCAGACGAGACAGAAGACGAGAUGGUGGAGUUUUGGCGAGAUAUACGAAACCGUCAAGGGAAUCUACGCGUUGGCAGGAGCCAAGACGAGGACUCCUGGAAAUUACUUUCGAUCAGACCCUGCGACGGGACGGACCACCAACAAGAGAUUACGGGGCACAAACGAAUUCAUCCACGCUUCCGUGCGUGCGAGACUGGGGCUUCAGGGUCCUGGGGUCCAAGACCGCGGCAACUACGAUCCCCCUUCUCUACGAGAUUGGACGUUUGACGUGGAAUACGUCGGGCCAGGCCAUGGUGGCAGUCAAGAUGGAUUGUUGGUGAUGUGGAACAACCACAGCUCCUCAAGGCGGAGAGGAGAGAAAGGGGGCCAGGAGAGGAUUCCUGAAGAGAAACUGUCCGAGACGGAACUGGUGCUCCUGAGGCAGAGUCCCCGGGUGAAUGACUAUAUCAUGCAACUACGGCCGCCAACUGCUGGACCGGGCGGGAAGAGGAGAUCUCGAAGACACGGACAAAACGGUGUGCCGAACGGUGGACCGGGCCCGCCCGGAGGUCCACCAGGAAUGAGCCCGUAUGGGAUGCCACCACAGGGCCCACCGCCGCGAGGGUCUUUCGUUGGAGGCCCUCCUCCGCCGCCGGGUGGUGGGAGACGCAGUGGGAGGUCCUUGAAUGUGGAUGACUCGCCGGAUAGUGAAGACGACAGUAGGGAGCGCGACCGCGACAGGGAGAGACGGCACCGGAAGAGACGGGAGAGUGGUGGAGAUCCAGAUCGGCAUAGACGGCGGCGGAGUCGCAGGUAUGAUGAUGACGAGUAG